GUCAAAGUCCUCCUGCAGAUAACCAAGGCCCUGACUGGUACCGCUGACCUUGGGGCAUCGAUGCCAGUAAGAGAUGGAUGAAAGAUCCUCGUCACCAGGAUUUCCUAAGGAGCUCUGCUGUCCAAUUUCAGAGGAACUAUAUAAAGAUCCUGUUCUGCUUGUGGAGUCGGGCCAAACUUAUUCCAGGGAAUCCAUCGAGAAGUGGUUUGAGAAGGGUCAUCGAACCUGUCCCUUGACAGGGAAAGAGCUCAUAUCCACUCAGCUGGUCCCCAAUUAUGUUGUGAAAGGGCUCGUGCAGACUUGGAUGGAAGGACGUCCAGCAAAUGGCGUGGAAGACAGCCAUCUAGCAAAGAGCAGCAGUGCUGAUCAGGCAAAGUACCCGCCUGUCUUUGAUGGCGGCCCUCAGGACAAGAUCUCCCAGGCAGCCAACUUUCUGAGUCAUAUCAGAUCCCCCAGCAUGGAGGUGGCAGCAUACAGGAAUGGGUGCUCUUACCAGAUCUGGCAGCUGCACAGCCUGGCCAAGGACAGGGCCUGUCGCCAGUACCUGCUGCGAGAGGGGGCUGUUGCCACAGGAGCUCUGCUGCUGGCAGACGGCAACCUAGCAGAGAACACUGCAGGCCUGCUACGGUGCCUGGCCACCCCAGAGAGCAGCCAGGAACUCAUUGAGGCCGGGGGCGUGGACAGGCUGGUGAGGCUUUUGGGUGCAGCCAGCGGCAAGGCGAGGGAGGCAGCGGCGUUGGCCCUUUACCACAUGUCAGCAGCCAGCCCGGCCUUCUGCACGGAAGCUUUCACCGGCAUGUGCAAGGCCAUGCUGGCCAAGCGGGGCGAUGCGCUUGUGCUGGCCGCCCUUGAGCCCCUGUACGGCGGCGAUGCUGCCGAGGGAGCUGCUGCAACAUACCUCCUCAAUGUGCUCACAGCCGGCCCAGGGCAGCAAUGGCCGGACUACUUCAUCUGCGCAGGCACGGGCGCACUGCCGUGCCUUGUGCAGCAGUUGACAGAUGGAGCCAGCAGCAGCGCGGCCGUCUAUGCAGCCUCCUGCGCCCUGACAUCUCUUGCUGCCAUGCCCAACAAUCAGGCUGCCGUUGUGCAGAAGGGUAGCUCCUCUGGCAAGCAGGUGGCUGCAGUGUUGCUGUGGCAGAUGCUGACUGUGCCCGCCACGGCCAGCACAGACCCUGCGGUGGCAGGCGUGUGCAUGGCCUGUACUGGGUUCCUGCCUGGGAUCAGUUGGGCGCUGCAUGCCUCCUCUUGGGCAGCUGCCGGCUUGAUACAGGCGCUCACACAUGAUGGCCACCGGGUGACCAACAGCGUGACUCAGGGUCCUGACUCAGACGCAGUACGGCUCCGCAUUGUCGCCCCGGAAGCGAAUGUGAUCCCCCAGCUUAUCAAUUUUGUGAGCAGCGAAGAUGCCCAGAGCCAUGCAGCUGGGGCGCAUGCCCUGGCCAACUUGACAGCGUACAGGUCUGGGAGUUGCGAGGCCUGCUCCAAGGGGCACAAGGCUGGAGGCUUCGGCUCCUUUGCUCAGCAGCGAACUCAGGGUGCCUGCCCGCACCAACCAACCGGGCGGGUGUUGGCCAGUGCCGCGCCGAGUCAGCUCCUAAGGCUGCUGUGCGACUCCAGCGACCCUGCUGUCGUGUCUGCCUGCGUGGCGGCCAUCAGCAACCUGUGCGCCACAGAGGAGGGCCAGCAGCGCAUCCACGACGAGGCCAGGCGCUCUGCAGCGGGGCUGGAGGGUGUGAAUGCACGGCUGCUGCAAUUGAUCUCGUGGAAAUCGCUGCCAGGGAGGUGUCAGGAUGCGGCCAGGAAUGUGCUGGUCCGGUUGGAGAGCAAGAAUCGCAAGGCGCCGACCAUUUCCCUCAUGACCCUCCUGCUGCUGCCGCCUGCUCCAAUUGCUGCCUUCCCUAAUCCGUGAACGCUGAGCCAGCGAGAGGAUUAAUGGUUGCACCUUGAGGGCGUGAUUUGGAUGAAUUUGAGACUCAGCUGGCUAUGUGGUUGUCUGAGCCCUUUCCUCAUCAGAUCUGACUGGGCCGCAUUGUAUGCUAUAUAGUUACCCACUGAUGUCCCUGCAAUUUGCAGGCAAGCCAUAUAGCUGGUAUCGUAGAUGAACUUGAUUUGGGAAUCUUCACCACUGCAUUGAGCAUGCGCCUGAAGACAUGCUGUGGGGUGCCCCUGGGUGAGUACUGAGUCAGGGACAGGUCAGGGUGAAUCGAUAUCCCCGCGGGUCCUGGAGGAAAAUUCGAAAUGUGUUUUUUCCACAAAAUGCUGAAUGCAUGAUGGGUUUUCCUCCUAAUUAGGGUUACUUGCAUGGUUCCCUUGCAGGAUGAACUGAUCUCAAGAUUAAUGGUGUGCAUGUGCUGUUGCAAUAGAUAAGAAUAUUGGGAAACGC